GUUCAUCUUAACAGCUGGUUGACAAUAAUAAUAAUCCUGCAGAAGAGAAUCAGCAGUUCAACGCUCACCGUGCGUGCAUCACACCCGCCGCCAUGUCCGCCGACCGCAAAGUAGCCGUCAACGGCGCAUUGUCCGCAUACAACCCGUCCACACAAGACAGCAUCAAUCUCGCUCUGCUCCAGAACGGGGGCAUACGACGCAUCCAGACAUCACUACACGAGCGACUUGAUGCGGCAGGCUGGACUCAGAAUGUACGCGAUUACGUGGAGAAGCUGUUCCGCAGUGGAGAUGCGCAGAGCUAUGAUGAGGCUAUGAAGCUGGUCAUGCAGCAUGUUGCACUGCAAGGGGAGAAUGGAAGUGGAAAUAUAACCAAUGGGACGGGUGGACCGGACUUGACAAUUCCACGAGAGGUUGCGAAGGAUGGUGCGGAGGUCGUGAAGAAGGAGCUGCGACAAGUGGUGAGGAUGGGGGAUAAGUGAGUUGCGAGGAAAGAGGGAUAUAUGAACAGAUGAGUGGAAUAAGAGGAACGUGGAACAGUCCAGGACCAUGAUGCUUUGGAGUGGACGGACACGGACCGCAACAUGGCGGUCAGGUCUGUGAGGUGUACUUGAGGUCUCUCCUGCUGCCCGCAUCGAGGACACAUUGGCUACUAGCCGACUGCGCCGAUAUCAGAAGCUGUGAUAUGAGCUUGAUUGAGAGGAAACGAUUUCCCGUCAGCCCUACGGCUAGCGAUGGCCCCAUCAUGAGAAAGUGGUACUAUUCAUCCACAAUGGGAGGACAAGCAACGAAUGAAUAUCAGCAAGCGAACGCAGAAGACAUGACGGGACAAUGAGUCGCAUAAGUGGGGUCAAGCAGCAAUCUGGCCACUUUUGUCAAUUCGGCUUCAACGGAAAUAUGAUUUGAUGUUAUUGGGAGAGCUGGGUCACUUCUGUGAACUUGGGUUGUUCUCGCACGUGGUAUGCUCGCAAUGCGCGAACCUGCGCCCCAACGACUACUCAGCAAGCACAGAUUAGCACUGCUGUCUGCUUUGAUACGCAUCUAAUCAAGUCAGCCGAUAUUGUAUCUGUCUGCUGUUUGUCGAAUACCAUUCUAGCG